AUGCCGUCGACGCCCCAGGAUCAGCCCCAAUCUGUCCGCUUCAGCGACAUCACUCAAGAAAUCGAGCCCGAGGAGGCCGUGCAGACUGUCUCCGACCUCACGGGCACGGGCAAGGCGCGAGAUGGGGCCUUGAGUCCGCAGGCCGAAGAAGAGCUGCGCAAUUUGUCCUCGACUCUCCAGAACUCUCGUUGUCAGGCGAGACGCAUGGAGAACUUCUCCUUCGAGCCCGUCUCCCUCCCGCCAUCACGAGCUGCAUCACCUGCUCCUACAUCACGAACACCCUCAGGACAUUCCGUUUCUCGCGCGUCUAUUGGCACAAAUCCGUCCUCACCCGCACUCGCCAUGCACUCUCCACCAUUGACUCCUGCGGGCACAUCGUCUCGGGAAGACAGAUCCGGUGCUGAAGGACAUAGAAAGCGGCCGAGUGAUCCCGGUAUGAUGACUCCGCAGGUCUCACCGCCGCAUGAGACCCCGCCGACGUCCAUGGACUCCUCUGUGCAAAGCUCUGAUCCAGCCCAACCAGCAUUGGCAGUCCCCGCGUCACCCAAGACCCUACCACGUUCAUCGCGACCGUCAUCCUCAUCUGACGUAACUGGUGUCAUCCAACCACACCCAAGACACGGCCCGUCAUUUACAAUUGGUCCUACCGGCGAUUCCUUGCCGGCUUCUAGGGACGUCAGCCCCUCCGGAUCAGGCGGAGAGCGUACUCCAGGACAUCAUUCCUCAGGUACAACUACCCCAACCACUGUCAGCCGUCCUUUUACCCCCCAGGGCGAAAGGGAUGACCCUUACCAACGCUCCAAACGUGCUGCACAAGCGAGAAAUCUCGACUCACUCGAAGCACGUUUCGUCUACGGUGGCCGCGACGGGCGGCAGUCGGCGGCUUCAUCCACUUAUUCACUGCCACGUUCCAAAGGUACUGGGUCAGACAAAGAGGAUAGCAAAAGAACGAGCCUUUUUGGUGGCAAUGGAAAAGCCUCCAAUCGUCUUGGCUCUGAUGUUGAAAGCGAAAUGAAGGCUGCCGUUGGCAAAGAGCACCACCAUGGAUCCAUGUCUGAGCUGAAGCGUUUCUUCAGAAUUGGACAUAGACACAAGGACAAGGACAAGGACAAGGAAAAGCGCACUCGGUCCCCUGCAUCGUCCAUCAAGAAGGAGAAGAUCAAAUCCAGCAAAUCAGGAACCAUGACCCCGCCAAUGAUAAAUGGGCCCAUGAGUGUCCCAUUUGCAGAUGAUCAUGGACUUCAAAGCAGAUAUGGAAAGUUCGGAAAGGUCCUUGGUUCUGGUGCCGGUGGCUCUGUUCGAUUGAUGAAGCGAAGCAGUGAUGGAGUCACGUUUGCAGUAAAACAAUUCCGAGCCCGACAUUCGUACGAAUCGGAACGAGACUACAACAAGAAGGUCACAGCCGAGUUCUGUAUCGGGUCAACGCUCCACCACGGAAAUAUCAUCGAGACCAUGGAUUUGGUCAACGAAAAGGGCAGCUACUUUGUUGUCAUGGAAUACGCGCCCUUUGACCUUUUCGCGAUAGUAAUGACCGGGAAGAUGAGCCGCGAGGAGGUCACUUGCUGUACCCUGCAAAUUCUGAACGGAGUGACGUACCUCCACAGCAUGGGUCUCGCUCACCGCGAUUUGAAGCUUGACAACGUGGUCGUCAAUGAGCAUGGUAUCAUGAAGAUCAUUGACUUCGGCAGUGCCGCUGUCUUCCGCUAUCCGUUCGAGAACGAAAUUGUUCUUGCCAGUGGCAUUGUUGGUUCAGAUCCAUAUCUGGCUCCGGAAGUGUAUGACGUCUCGAAGUAUGACCCGCAACCAACGGAUAUCUGGUCGCUUGCGAUUAUCUUUUGUUGCAUGACUCUACGUCGAUUCCCUUGGAAAGCGCCGCGAAUCUCCGACAACUCGUACAAACUUUUCGUGUCCCCCCCUAACGAUGGACCAAGGUCCAUCACUGGUCCUUCCAAGUCGACGCCUGACCUUAGCCACGCUGAAGCCCAGUCCGGGCCGCAAUCCGAGCCCGUGUCCCACCAUGCAUCAGAUACCAACGACCAGCGUGGGUCAUCAUCAACUGGCGCUCAGCAGCCGCCUCAAGUGAUCAAGGGCCCAUGGCGCCUCCUGCGCUUACUACCACGAGAAAGCAGGCAUAUUAUUGGUAGGAUGCUAGAGGUCGAUCCUAAGAAGCGUGCAACACUGGAUGAAAUAAUUGAAGACAAGUGGGCCACAGGUAGUGCCGUAUGCUCGCAAGAGGAAGGUGGUAGGGUGCUCCGAUGCGACAAUCACGAGCAUACGCUUGAGCCCGGUGCAGGCGCAGCAUCAGCGCCAAACACACAGCAGAAGAAGUGA